AUGCAACAUGGUCUGCCUCACCAGAUGCCACCUCCUCUACCCCCCACUCCUGUUUCCAACAUGUAUCAAUCCUCGCCCUACGUCGACCAGCAGCCGCAAGAGCCCGUUCACUAUCCGCCCAUGUCGCAGCCCCAAGCUGUGCAACAGUCCAUGAGCUACCAAGCUCCGCAUACGUACACGCAGGGCCCGGCGCCCUCUUCUGUCAUGACUAUGACUCCACCAGAGUCUGAGCCCCACUGGAGGAGCGACUCCGUUCCGAAUCUCGCCGAUGCCUUGGGCGAACUCAAGAUUGACCACACAGCAAUCGCACCAUACAUUACAAACAUGAAAAAGUCACUUGCCGAAACGCCAGCACAAGAGGAGUACGAGGUCCAACUGCCAGCCUCGGUUAGCCUUGAUCCUACUGUUCGCAUUCCACCUGAAAUGAUGCCUCCCGAAGAGCAAGCAUUGCAAUACUUUGACUACUUCUUCACCAACAUCCAUCCCUACUGCCCGGUCGUGAACAAAGCCUAUUUUUACCAACAGUGGCAGAGCGCGCGCGACUCAAUCUCUCCCCUUAUGCUUGAAGCCAUUUUUGCUUGCACUACUCUGAUGCUGGGCCACCUUGAGGACGGCAACAAGUGGCUUGCGCUUGCCUCUAGGCACGAGGAAAGCUUCAGAGACGUAUCUCGUUUGAGUACCAUGCAAGCGAUGGUCAUAUUGUUGAAAGCCCGAGAGGCUUCGCCAAAGCGAGGUUACUUUUGGCGCUCGUGGAUGGCAGUUGUCGGUCUAGUUGCGAUGGCUAAAGACCUCGAACUACACGACCAUUAUGAUACCCACCAGAUGAACAAGUCCUGCGGGUCAACGGUGCAUGACUGUAUUGCCAAGACAAGGGUGUGGCAGAUGUGUCUGGUCUUUGAGGCCAUGAUUGGAGGCCCUCAAGGCCGGUAUGAUUUCGGAGUUGAUCUCGACACCGUGGAUUUCGAAAUGCCGCGUCCAAACGCGGGCCAAGAUCCCGCCGAAGUCCAGAUCGCCCGUCAAUUUGUUCAGUACGUCCGGGUCGCAAAGAACGUCUACCUGUCGGCCUUGAUGUACGGAAAGUUGAGGAAGAAGACGAACGACUGGGCCCUGGAUCCGGCUUUUGUCGGUCACAACGCGGACUUUUCUGUUUGGCUCCGAGAGGUUCCUGACGAUAUGCGAAUCGUAUACCCGCAAGAUGGUUCGGCGCCCUGGAUUCCAUCUCACUACCUCGCCAACUUACACAGCUAUCAUUUCCUCUCCAUUGUCAUGCAUUUCAGGCCACAGCUCCAUGCGGUGUCCGACUCAUAUGAUGGCAUUUGGAAGCAACACAUGAUGACGUGUUAUUCGGCUGCUAAGAAUAUGUGUAAGCUUCAAGAGGCUAUUUUAAGAACAUAUGGCAUGCCAGGCAUAUUGUGUAUGGUGAGAGGCAUCAGCUUCCACGUUUACGCGGUGCUUACCUGCACUAUGCUGCAUCUUGUCGCGAUCACUUGCCCAGACCCAGAAAUCAAUAGCGACGCCAGAGACUUCUUUGUGAGACACAUGCGCAUUCUGGAAACAUGUUCACCAGCUUGGCCAAUUCCUGAGAUGCAACAACAAGUCAAUAGCCUUCGUCAAGCAUUUUCCGCAGAUGUUUCUAAGCCAUUUGAAAUGAAGCCAUCGUUUCCUUAUGGAAGCCCGCAGGUAGCUCCGCAAUCUAGUCCAUUGAGUAACCAAGGACAUUAUCGACCUCGCCAUCCGAGCCAAACAUCGCCGUUGGAACAGCCAGGUCAGAUUAACUACUAUGCACAUCCCAUCUCUCCACCAAUAUCGACUUCCGACCACGGAUCGAAGGCUGACUCUCCCGUAGCUCAGUCUCUGGUCAUGAUGGCAUCUGGUCAACGUCCACCCCAGUCAACAGCGGCCAUGCAACUGCCAGAAAGUGUGCAAUGGAAUCCCCAACGUAUCUUCGAUCAAUGGAAUGUUGCCUUUGGUACGCCUCCCCCCAGCGCGUCUUCCCAGUCGUCCCCGCCGCUAAGACCCCCUCCUCCAGGCACCAACUACGAUCACCGACCACAUGAUACUGCCCAGUCAAACUAUCAGCUUCCAAACGCGUCACCACAAUCUAGCGGUAUUCAAGGGACCCCAGGCCAACUACCUCCCUCGUCGAGCUACCCGAGUGCCAACCCUUCCUAUGUUACUCCAACGAUGUGGCAAGAAGUUGUUGCCAGCUCUUUCUCGGACGGACUGAAGAGACGAUGGGAACAUGGCAACCCUGCGAUGGAUGAUCAAUCAAUGUACAAACGUGCCCGAUAA